UGGAAAAGAAUUAAAUUAAGGCCAUGGGGACCCAGAAGGUCACCGCGCCUCUGAUCUUUGCCAUCUCCAUUGCUACUAUAGGCUCUUUCCAGUUCGGCUACAACACUGGAGUCAUGAAUGCUCCUGAGAUGAUCAUAAAGGACUUCAUCAAUUACACCUUGGAGAAGAGGUUGGAAGACCCUCCCAAUAAGGUGUUACUCACUUCCCUCUGGUCCUUGUCUGUGGCCAUCUUUUCCGUUGGUGGUAUGAUUGGCUCCUUCUCCGUUGGACUCUUCGUUAACCGCUUUGGCAGGCGCAAUUCAAUGCUGAUUGUCAACCUCCUGGCGGUUGCUGGCGGCUGCCUUAUGGGGUUCUGCAAAAUUACUGAGUCGGUUGAAAUGCUGAUCCUGGGCCGGUUAGUUAUUGGCCUCUUCUGUGGACUCUGCACAGGUUUUGUGCCCAUGUACAUUGGUGAGGUCUCUCCGACUGCCCUUCGGGGGGCUUUCGGUACUUUCAACCAGCUGGGCAUUGUCAUCGGAAUCCUGGUGGCUCAGAUCUUUGGUCUGAAAGUCAUCAUGGGGACAGAAGAACUUUGGCCCCUGCUUUUGGGCUUCACCAUCAUUCCAGCUGUCCUGCAAAGUAUAGCCCUUCCGUUUUGCCCCGAGAGUCCUAGAUUUCUGCUCAUCAACAGAAGGGAAGAGGAGAGUGCUAAGGAGAUCCUCCAGCGAUUGUGGGGCACCCAGGACGUGAGUCAGGACAUCCAGGAGAUGAAAGAUGAGAGCGCGAGGAUGGCACAAGAGAAGCAGCCCACGGUGUUGGAGCUCUUCCGGUCGCGCAGCUACCAGCAGCCCAUCAUGAUUUCCAUCAUGCUCCAGCUAUCCCAGCAGCUGUCUGGAAUCAAUGCUGUCUUCUAUUAUUCAACAGGAAUCUUCAAGGACGCAGGUGUUAAGGAGCCCAUCUAUGCCACCAUUGGCGCGGGUGUAGUUAAUACCAUCUUCACCGUCGUCUCUCUGUUUCUGGUGGAAAGGGCAGGGAGGAGGACUCUGCAUAUGAUUGGCCUUGGAGGGAUGGCUGUUUGUUCCAUCUUUAUGACCAUCUCCUUGUUGUUGAAGGAUGACUAUAACUGGAUGAGCUUUGUUUGUAUCGGGGCUAUCUUUAUCUUUGUGGCCUUCUUUGAAAUUGGCCCGGGCCCCAUUCCCUGGUUUAUCGUGGCCGAACUCUUCAGCCAAGGACCCCGCCCAGCUGCAAUGGCAGUGGCUGGUUGUUUCAACUGGACCUCCAACUUUCUCGUUGGGCUACUUUUCCCUUCAGCUGCAUUCUAUCUAGGAGCCUAUGUUUUUAUCCUCUUCACUGGCUUCCUCAUUAUCUUCUUGGUCUUCACCUUCUUCAAAGUCCCUGAGACCCGUGGCAGGACUUUUGAGGAAAUCACACGAGCCUUCGAAGAGCAGGCACGGGAGGCUAACAGAGCUGCGAAGGGCCCCAUCAUGGCGACGAACAGCGUCCAGCCCAUGAAGGAGACUGCCACCGUCUAAGCCAUGCCUCCUUCCCGCCUCCCUCCCAACAUGGAAAAGCCACCUCUCCCCCAGAUGGGGAGAGACCGCAUCAGGUUGU